UUUCGACGCGGCCCGCGGAAGCCCGGCUCACAGCCUUAAAAGGUCACCUCGUGCCGUUCGGUGCCUGUUCGACGGUCCACUCCGCACCAACAACAUGCUCCGCAUCCUUAUCGUCGCGGCCGCGGCCGUCGCCCUGGCCGGCAGCGCCCAGGCAGGCUUGCUGAGUGCCGGAACCACGCCCAACAAGUUCAUCGUCACCUACAGCAUCGUGCCCGACCUGUUCCACCAGUUCAGCUUCUACACCAUGCCCCGCACCAUCAAGGAGGCCGAGAAAGACCACUUCACCCAGGUUUCCGCCAACGACGUCGACAGCACCACCCUGUGGUGCCGCAAGAACGACUUCAGGGUGUGCGUCUACUUCGACAAGCAGGGCAGCGUCGCCGGAAUCCAGCUUUCCGCUAGAGUGAGCGAGAUCGACAACGGCAAAAACGCCCCCCUGAACCUCGUCGCCAUCCCCGAGUGGCGCCGCCAGACCCUCCUCGGCGAGGACGUCUACUCCACCGUCGCCUACUUCCUGUCCCGCGAGGAGCUCGUGGCCGGUGGCCGCAGCCUCUCCAAGGAGACCCACACCGCCCCCAACGGCCUGUACCUCCUCCAGACUAACGAGGAGGGCGUCGAGACUGGUCUGCUGCACGUCGCCACCGCCCAGUCCGAAGCCGAGGCCGCCGGCUUCAACGAACAGGCCUGCUUCUUGGGCAUGGGCAAGCACUACUUCCAGAACCUCAAGAAGGACGGCACCUGCGAGGCCCACCGCCCAUACUUCCUGCUGUUCGGACCCAAGACCAAGCAGCUCCAGGGCUUCGGCUUCGUGCAGUACGGCAAGGUCAGCCAGGGCCGCGGCUGGUUCGAGACUCCCCCAGCGCUCGUCGCCAAGAAAAUCGCUCCCAACUCCCCCGACUGCAUGACCAAGUGGAUCAACUCGUACGGUCUGUUCACCAUGCACGUCUUCUUCGUGGACAAGCCCUACUACACCACCUGUUGCACAAAGAGCCUCUUUUAAUUUCUUAAAUCCGAGCCUCAGAUGAUGUAUACUCUGCAUGAUUCCUGCAUGGUUAUGAAAAUCUGAAUGUGUAACGUGACGUUACGGAGUUGACCUUGAAUACAUCCAUUUGAAUCUCCGUA